AUGCGUCGCAAUUCUGUACACAAUAUGAUUCUUAAUGAGUCGGACUCUGAUGAUGAGUUAGAGAUAGUUACAGUACUCAAAAUGGAGGAAGAAUCAAGAUCACGUCGUCGUUCUAUACAACGUCGUCUAUUCAUUAGGCGUAAUACUUUAGAAGGCCACCAAAGGCUUUUUCUCGACUAUUUUGCUGAAUCACCAAUAUAUCCUCCCAAUGUAUUUCGAAGAAGGAUUGGAGAAAGCACUGCAAUGAAAAGUUUAAAAAAAUUUGUUAAAGCAGUGGUUACAAUUUUUUCUGAUGAGUAUUUGAGAUCACCAAACAAAAAUGACAUUGCUAGAUUGCUAACAAUUGGCCAAAGUCGUGGAUUCCCUGGGAUGUUGGGGAGCAUUGAUUGUAUGCAUUGGAAAUGGAAGAAUUGUCCAACUGCAUGGAAAGGUAUGUAUUCUGGUCAUAUUCAUGAACCUACAAUUAUUUUAGAAGCAGUAGCAUCAUAUGAUCUUUGGAUAUGGCAUGCAUUCUUUGGGUUACCGGGGUCUCAUAAUGACAUCAACGUGUUAGAACGAUCUUCUGUAUUUACCAAGCUUGCUGAAGGGCGUACUCCUUCUGUCAAUUACUCAAUCAAUGGUAAUGAUUAUACAAUGGGAUACUAUCUAGCAGAUGGUAUAUAUCCACAGUGGUCAACAUUUGUCAAAACAAUUCCAUCUCCACAAGGAAAUAAGAGAAAGCAUUUUGCUGCAGCUCAAGAGUCGGCAAGGAAAGAUGUAGAACGUGCUUUUGGAGUUCUUCAAGCACGAUUUGCAAUUGUACGUGGACCUGCACGUUCUUGGGAACGUGAAACACUUAAGAAUAUUAUGAAGGCAUGCAUAAUACUGCAUAACAUGAUUGUUGAGGAUGAGCGAGAUGUUAAUGAAGCAGAAGACUACGACUAUGAACAAAUCGAUGAAAAUCCCCAUGUAUCUGUUUCACAUGACCAUACAACUGAACUUAUGGAAUUCAUUCGACGCCAUCAUCACAUUAGAGAUAGAGAAACUCAUUGUCAACUACAAUCGGACCUCGUCGAGCACUUGUGGCAACUACAUAGUCAAUCAUAG